GGAACACGACGAAAACCGCUGACUGCAGUUUUUUCCGUUUUGCAACGGACGACAGGUGAGACUAGAAACUUCGUACACGCGAUACUGAAAGAGGUGAAAGCGUUAACUUAUGCGCGCUACUUUUCUUCUUUUCUAUUUUCUUUUUCAAAUAGAGCCAGUAAAUGGAUAUACUACUCAAAUCGCCCAGAAUUCAAGUUGUUGCCUCUGAGCAAACUCCGCGAGCGUUGUCUCUGCGGCGAACAUUUCGCCGCUUCUGCCUUCAGAAGUUCAAGGAGGACACGACUCCAAGAUAAUGUGUGCCCAUCUGUCCUAGUGACAAAUCCAUUAUUGAAGACCCUCGUCUCUCCAGAGUUCCUCGCUCCUGGCAUUCGCCUAACUGGUGCGUCCACCGCCUCCACUUUAGAUCCACCUGCAGCCCCAGUUGAGCCAGGACCAUCACACAGCAAAGACCAAGGGCUGGAAGAUCCCACCACAUGUGUUCCUGAUCAGGCUCUGACUGACUCUUAUGCACAGGAAGAGCUCCGGCCCCUGCCUGAUGUUCCUGCACAAUCAUCAACGCAAUCUUUCCACGCAGGUGCAGCUGCAGUCCCAGGUGAUACGUGGACAUUCCACGAAGAAACCAAGGAAAAGGAACCAGCCAAAUAUGUUUGUGUGCAAACUACAGAAAACUCUACUGCACAAGAAAAGCCACUACUGCAAGCUGAUGUUCCUGCGGAGCCCACACCAGACCUCAAUCCCCCACAACAAGAACAGCAAACUCAACCUGGUACGAUUCAAGGCCUCAACUUUCAACAUCCCCGCAGGGGGCACCUGUGA